CAAUGCACCGCUUCUUCUUCCUCGUGUUUGUCCCUCUGUGGGCAGCUGUUCGAUCUGAUGAAUCACUGACUGGGAGCUUUGGGGAGACCCUGAAACUCGACACUCCAGACACUCAGCUGAUCGGUGAAUAUGAGAUCAUCUGGUCUCAUGUUCAAGGGGGAACCACUACCGUCUUAAUCCACUAUGAUGCUGGAGAAUGGAGAAAAAAUGCAACAGACAAGCACCAGCUGGAUGAAAAGACCGGAUCACUCAUCAUUCGGUCCCUCACUGCUAAUGACAGCGGACGUUAUCAGAGGCAGCUCUUCAAUGAGACCGAGGGGAUCGUGAAAGAAUUUAUUGUGACUGUUGUGGAACCGUCCAGUUAUUCUUCAACACCGGCAACACCAACACAAACGUCAGCUGAUCACAGCACCGCUGGUCCAAAACCAACUACGCCUCCAAAGAACUGGAUACCCUGGAUACUCUGGAUCGUUGGUGUUGCUGUACUGAUUGUGUUCGCCGUUCUUGUCGGCUGUGCUGUGCUGCUGUUUAAAUAUCGUGAGCAAAUCAAAGAAAGGUUUCGGGUUCGGUACGCAGAGUGUGAUCAAGAAGAUCCUGGAAGAUCCUCCGGACAGGAGAAUGUACACGGAUACAGCUGUGCAGAUACAGCUGUGCAGAUACAGCUGUGCAGAUACAGCUGUGCAGAUACAGCUGUGUAACGGACCUCCCACAGACGUCCAGCGUUACAAAGGUCGUGUUUAAUGCUGCGGACCUGACAGCGAGCAGUAAAUAGCAGUAAAUAACAGUAAACAUGGCCUCUGUCUUUACUGUCUGUCUCUUUAAGACAUUUGUCUAUAAAAGAUCCAAAGAGCAGCUGCUGCACUGUGAACCUGGAACAUCCAUGGAGAGAGUCGUAGGUUUUUAAAGUCUGGCACAUGCAUCUCAGUGGACCUGCUCUUUCUGAUAUGCAGUGCUGCUUUUACAUUUUCUUCAUCAGGUACUGAAUAUCUACAUGUUACACUGAUUCUGGAUGUCAGUCUCUGAUAACACCAAAGAUCCACAAUAUUUCUGUAAUUUUACGCAUUAAUCUCGUAGAAACGCUGAGAUGUUCUCCUGUUCUGGCACUUCUUCUUCUUCUGUCAUGUUAAAAUAUCUCAGGGAUUAAAUGUGUAGUUAGCUUCACUCGUCUCGCUCACUUAAGAUCAACGUGGGCUGUAAGUGGCCCUGGAUGUCAAACGAUUCCUGGAUAUUCCUGGAUAUUUAAACCAAACAGGAAUGACGUCUUUCCAAACAAACCAAAACUGAUUCUGAGGAAACUUGAAGAGCUCUGACAGACCGGGCUGUUUGGUGUUUACUGUUGUAAUAAUAUUGCAAUAAAAGACAUUUCCAAAGA